AUGACCUUAAAUCUUUGUGUACUGACUCCUAAUCGAAUUAUUUGGGACUCAGAAGUGAAAGAAAUAAUUUUAUCUACUAAUAGUGGCCAAAUUGGCGUAUUACCAAACCACGCCCCUAUUGCCACGGCUGUAGAUAUAGGUCUUUUGAGAAUACGCCUCAACAACGACCAAUGGUUAACGGUGGCUCUGAUGGGUGGUUUCGCUAGAAUAGGUAAUAAUGAAAUCACCAUUUUAGGAAAUGAUGCGGAAAUAAGUACUGACAUUGAUCCGCAAGAAGCUCAACAAGCUCUUGAAAUAGCUGAAGCUAACUUGAGUAGAGCUGAGGGUAAGAGACAAGCAAUUGAAGCGAAUCUAGCUCUCAGACGAGCUAGGACACGAGUAGAGGCUGUCAAUGUUAUUUCCUACUAG